UUCAGCACUUUUCUGAGGGAAGGUGGGGAAUUUUUUUCGGCCUCCUGUGCACAAUUACUCCACGGAGGUUUGUUUCCUACGGGCUUUUGUAAUCGAAUGCGCUUUGUCAUGUCUAAGUUUCCGUGGCGCCCCCUGUCGACAAACAAUAUAAAUGCCCUACCUUUCAAUUGUUUGCCACGAAUCUGCAACGUCAUCGUGAAGAAGCCUACGCUACGUGUACACAACAGGUGGAUUUGCAAAGGAUCUACUCCGAGACUGUUAAGCGUUGUCAUCGUGAGAAGUCACAGCGUCUACCGGUAUUAUAAGCAGUGAACGACUGACUUUCUCAUUUCACAUUGCUAUAAUACCGCCUUACAGGACCACCGUACCAGCUUCCACCAUGCCGACACAGAAGGCCUACAAAACAGGUUCGACUGCCCCCGAACCCCCUGCGCCUGGUGUAGUCCGUCUCAUUAGCAUGCGGUUCUGUCCGUUCGCGCACAGGACACGGCUGGUGCUGGCUGCCAAGGGCAUCGAGUAUGAGACCGUCAACGUCUGCACGAAAAACAAGCCCGAGUGGUUCUUUUCCAUCAACCCGCUGGCCAAGGUGCCCACCCUGCAGCAUGACGGCAAAGUCGUGUACGAGUCCCUGGUGUGUAACGAGUACGUGGACCGGGUCUUCCCGGGCAGGAAGCUGUUACCGGAGGAGCCUCUGGAGAAGGCACGGAUCGGGAUGCUGCAGGCCAUCUGGGACGCUAAGAGGAACGGCAAGACGCCUUCAAGGCCUUUAAGGAACGAAGGGCUAUCCUUUCUUGAGAAGGACUUGGCCACCGGCGACAGGCCUUUCUUCGGCGGUGAACAGCCCGGUCUCCUUGACUACAGCAUCUGGCCGUUUUUCGAGCGCUUUGAGACGACCCUGCAUGGUGAUCUGAAGCUACCACAAGCCGAGUUCCCCAAAGUUCUGGGAUGGAAGGCCGCCAUGUUUGACCGCCCUGAAGUGAAGACGUGUGGGUUUGAUACAGCUACGUACACAUCCGUGGCUGCAAAUUACGACCCAGACUUCGGACUUGCCGCAUAAACAGAAACUAUGGGACAGUUAGAAAAAAAAUUAUUAGUGUGGCAAAAAUGAUUAGUACUUCAUGAUGUUAGGCAUCUCCGAAGCUAUCUACAUUCCAAAUAUCAUGACGAUCCGUCAUCACUUUUCCGAGUUAUUUCCCUUCAAUGGGGUAAUGCAUCUACGCAGGCGAGGACAAUUCUUGUAGAAUUCCGGUAAUUUUUGCCAAUUGGACAUAUGUUAUACAGCUAGGCUAGCUCCUGAGGCGUCGCCAAAAUGUUGUUUCCUGUUAUCCAACCGACACUCGAAAAAACUGGCAACCGUUUGAUGACAGGCAUUUUUGACGAAGAUCUCUAAUUUUGGUUCUAACAAUGUAUUUUUAACGUUUAGUUGCUAUAUUACUGUGAUUUUCUUACAUGAAUAAAAUGUAAUGUUAUCUUGAAUAUCUUUCAUAAUUAAUUAUGCAUAAAUUAUGCUAAUGUGAUGACGUCACGGGACAAAAUUCAAGAUGGCGGACCGUUUGACCAGAUCAAGAAUAACUAGCUUGUUAUCACUAAUAAGUUGUGACUACCUGGUAUUCUAUCAUUAAAAAAACGUUUAAAUGAACGUUUUUAGUCUA